AUGGACGCCUACCCUGAAGACUACGUCAACCACAACCUGCCUUUUGUCCUUCUUUCAGGACUAGAGGCUGGCUCUGAAGAUGAAUCAGAAGCAUCGUCGAGCUAUCCUCUGUUGUUGGAGAAGGGAACACAUAUCUUCUCCGACUUCCCACCGUUGAGCGGGGCUGUUGCGGAGGAGCUGCGGAGCUUACUCCUGGAAGAGGAUUGCUCUCAGAUGCCAUGGAAAUCUAGAAUCAACUUGACCGCGAAUACCACUACUUCAAACAUUGGUUAUCGAGUUAAAAGCUCUGGACGGUCGUGCAGACUGCCUCCACGAAAAGCAGACCCUCCUAUUCCCUCACCACCAGCUAGUCCACACACAGACAAGAACGACGAUUCAGAUACUAGCCCACACUAUGUCCUUCACUCCCCGAUAUCACCUCUGUCACCGGGUUCUCCCACGUUCCCAGAUGGGUUGCUUACGCCAUUAUGGGUAACAAAACACCAGAAUCUGGUCCCUGCUGCAGUGAUAAACUUCUUUCCUUUCUCAUUGGAUCCGAAUAUGAAUUCUUUGCGCGAUAAUCAGCUCAAGAUCGAGAUCAACAGCUUGAAGAAAGAAUGGCAAUCCUCCGGAUACAAGACGCGAUUUCUGGUGAUCCUGAUAUCGGAAGAUGGAGAAGAGGGUGGCUACGAGGGUGAGAUCGAUGAUCGUAUUGCAGGAAUCCGACGGGCAACAAAUCUGGACCCCAAGUCGGUUCUUGUGAUUCCACCAGAUGCAACUACGUCGGAAUUGCGAGAUUUUGUGAAGUCCCUCUUUUCUCUUCUGCAGCCAUCGGUCGUUGAAUAUUACCGUGAUUUGUCCAAACAUGCUAGGCGCAAGCGAAAUCGAGGCACUAUUCCCCCUCCAACAGCACCGCCGACGAGUGGCACUUCCCAAACUUUAUCAUCUCAGGGCUGGAACGUGCGUUACGAGUUCAAACUUGGGAUUCUUGCCGAAUUUCGCCAGGAAAUGGAUGCAGCUUGUCGCAAUUACGAGAGUGCUUAUGAAACUCUAUUCGGGGAGGAGGUGUUCGAAAUUAUUGCAGGAUGGAAUCCCCGAUUCAAUGAUGCACGCCUCUUAGCGGACGCUCUUGCAAUUCGAAUCAUUCGUUGCCUGCUUUGGACGAGUCAGACAACUACUGCCGUCCGAUUCUGGGUCGACCACAGGAUCCGUGUGAAGGAUAUCGUCAACCGCAGAGGCAAGGGGAGUAAGAACUACGGAUGGGAGGCCUGGGAGGCUCGCUGGUCGAUGGUAAUGGCCCAACUUAUCCGCCGUGCGGAGACUUCGCCAAUCUCUGACGACAUUUCUCCUGAAUAUUCCGGCGAACUGUAUACAUUACCGGAGAAAUCGAUUCCCACCGGGGAACGAGUUACCCCUUGGGAAAACAUGCACCAUGAGGGAUAUUGGCUCCACCGCUCAGCAAAACAUAGUAUGGCUCGACGGUCACUCGCCCAAGAAAUCCCUGCCGAAGAUCGGAUAUCUCCUGGGCAGUCACCCGCCUCCCAGCUCGCUAAUAAAUCCUAUCUAUACGAUACAUAUCUUGUCUCAGAGACUCACGUUGAAGCACCACAGGAAGGACGAACUGGCUUCGAUCAUUCUGCACUGAUACUGAGCACUCUGAAGGCUGCACUAACGGAGUUUUCAAAACGCCAUCAAACGCGGAAGGUUGAGAGUUUAAGUCUCGAGGCUGCCGAAGAAUACAUGCGGAUUGGCUCAUGGCCUGAAGCACAUGCGAUUCUUCAGCCCCUGUGGUCGACUCUCACCUGGCGCCGCUCUGGAUGGUGGCAUUUGAUGGUCAACUUUGGAUGGGCACUCAGAGAAUGUGCGCUGAGAGUGCGGGACUGUGAAACAGUACUGCGAGUGGACUGGGAGCUGCUCAAUAAGGCUUUCAAACCGAGACCUGCUUGGCAUUAUAACAUUCACCGAAGUCUCGAAGGUCUCUCCUCAGAGAAACCAAAGCCGUCACUUGUACUUCGUGCAGAGGAUGUCAUAACAAGUUUAACUGCAUCGCUGGUAUUCGAGAAAUCCGAUGGCAACGUUGGCGAGCCUUUGAAAGCCCAGCUUGCAAUAACAUCUUGUGCCCACGAAUCAUCUGCCCCCAUACGCCUGUCAGAAAUCAAACUGGUUUUUGAAGGAUGUCUUCGCCCAAUUAAAAUCCAGUCAGACCAGAACGAAAAUGCUGACACAACAACCCCAGCAUGCAUUGCAUCUCUCCCACUGCGCGAGCCGAGUAGCCUGCCAGACACGACCGUUCAAUCUCCGACUGGCGCAUUGCCCACAUUGGGUGGUAUCGCAGAUCUUACUAUUGGGCCCUCUCAGACCAAGAUUUAUAACCUCACCUGCAUUCCUCGCGAAGCUGGUGAAGCUAGAAUAGCUUCCAUGACUAUGUUGAUCGAAGAGGAGCAAUUCGAUCUUGCGUAUGCAAUCACCGAUCACCAAGACCAGCACGAGUCUUGGUGGUGGCAGCAAACCCAGAAAGGCGUGACUCGCCGAAGAGUGGGUAAGGAUCGGGAUACAGCGAGGUGCAAGGUCAUGCCCAAGCCUCCAAAAAUCCGCCUUACAACCCCUAAUCUAAGACAAACCUACUACACCAACGAACAGGUGGCUCUUCAGAUUGGAAUCCAUAAUGAAGAGGACGAAGCGGCCGAUGUAUCGGCUGAUAUCAGGCUCUUGGGUAGCUCUGAAUCUACUACACAGAUCCAUUGGCUCGAUGGCGUCAGCAAACCUGAAUCUCCCGAGUCAGGCGGAAGCACCCCCAUUGAAGGGCCUUCCCAUUUCCUGAAGCGGUCUGUGGGAGUUGUGGAGCGUUCCUCUGACAAGACCCUUACAAUUCUUUUGUCCGACACUCAUGACGCUACGAAUUUCACAUUAGAAGUUUCAGCUGUUUAUCAUUUGGUGUCCGAUAUUCAGACGCCGAUUAUGAAGACCAUUACCGUGGAUUUAUCAUUUAUUCGACCGUUCGAGGCAAAUUAUGAAUACCUGCCCCGGGUUCACUCUCAACCGUGGCCAAACUUCUUCGCCGUCGGGGAUGACCUUCUUGGGAGUAACACUGCAUCAACUCCUGGGGGCCUACAGCAGAAGUGGUGCCUCAAUUCCAAGGUUGUAUCGUUUGCAUUGGAGCCGCUAGUCAUCGAGAAGAUGUCUCUUCUUCUUCUAGAGGUCAACGGAGGCGCUGUCUGCAAGGUUGACGCGGAAGAGCUUGUCAGCCCGGAAGCACCUCACAUAGGACCCGAGGAAUUACGAGAAUCCAACUUUUGUCUCGAUGUUCAGAAGUUCAUUCUCGGGGAUCGUAGACCCACCGCAGUCAAUUGCGCAUUGGAAAUCAGUUGGCGACGACAGGCACCCGAGCCUGCAGCUUCAUCUGAUAUGGAGAACGCUGUCACAACCUCUGUUCUUGAUAUCCCUCGAUUCAUCGUCCCGAUGGGAGAGCCUCGAGUGCUUGCGUCGGCCGUUUCAUCAAGCAGCAUGUCUGGGCUGGUUCAUAUGUCAUACACGCUUGAGAACCCAUCCACCCAUUUCCUCACCUUCAAUUUGGUUAUGGAAGCCAGCGAGCACUUUGCCUUCAGUGGGCCGAAGUCAGUGGUUGUGCAGCUUAUGCCGUUUAGUCGUCAUACAGUGCGAUUCAAUUUGUUUGCUGCCAAACGUGGCCUAUGGAUUCAACCACAAUUGGUGGUGAUUGAUACCUACUUCAACAAGACGCUUCGGGUCCUUUCAACAGGGGACAUGCGAUCUGACAAGAAAGGAGUUUUGGUAUGGGUUGACGCAGAUGACUGA